GUCAGAACAUUCAGCCGACAUAUUCCGAAUGCUUGCGAGUUGCUUAUUUUCCCAAUACAAACGAUGCUCCAAUAAAAAAUCGUUUUGCAUUGCGUUUCUAUAAAUAAAAGAGAUUUCCUACUCGGGAUUCCACGGAUGAUCAGGCUGGAAAAAAAAAACUUUGGGCUUGUAGUUUAUGAGUUAAACCAAUUUAGCACUUCACAAAUAUAAUUUUAGGCUACGUGAAAUAUGAAUUAUAGUUGAUGAAUUUCUUUAAUAGAGGAGUUAUAUAGUUUAGUGAUAGUGACAGUUCAAAGUUCAAGGUACGUCUGAAAAAUGUUUUCCAUGUUAACGAGGAUGACAACUGGCUGCCAUGUGGGUAUGAGACUGGCAUCUUCACACAUUGGCGGCAAGCUUUUGGGAAAAGUCGCCAUAAUAACAGCAUCCACUGAUGGAAUUGGAUUUGCGGCUGCAAGAAGACUGGCACAAGAUGGCGCUAAGGUGAUGAUUAGCAGCAGGAAGCAGAAAAACGUUCACGCGGCCGUUAGGAAACUGAAAAACGAACAUCUGAACGUAGCUGGUGUGACGUGUCACGUGGGGCAUGCGGAGGACAGAUCAACCUUAUUUAAAGAGACACUCGAGCAGUUUGGUGGUAUAGAUAUUUUAGUGUCAAACGCUGCAGUGAAUCCCGUGUUUGGACCAAUUUUAGAUACGCCGAGCGACCAACCUGACAAGAUAUUUGAGAUCAAUGUGAAAAGCUCGUUCUUGUUAUGUAAAGAAGUUGUUCCUCACAUGGAGGCGAGAGGAUCUGGGUCAGUUAUACUGAUCAGUUCGAUUGCAGCCUAUGCCCCGAUGCAUUUAUUAGGGGCAUAUUCAGUGAGUAAAACUGCGUUGAUAGGACUCAGAAAGGCACUAGCUCCAAGCCUUGCAGAUCUUAACAUUCGGAUAAAUGUCAUUGCUCCUGGAAUCAUCAAAACCAAAUUCAGUGAAGCGCUGUGGAAGAAUGAGACGACCCGGGAACUGGCAGAAAGUACCGUACUGAUGAAGAGGAUCGGAACACCUGAAGAGUGUGAUGGUAUCGUUUCCUUCCUCGCUUCCGAUGAUGCCUCCUACAUCACAGGGGAGACAAUUCUAAUAACUGGUGGAAUGCAAGCACGGCUAUAGACAGCACAGAGUUGUGUUGACUUUGGUGUUACAUCUGUGAAUAACAAGAGUAUAUCACACUUAACAAUGAUACUAAUCUAGUGAAAUAAACUUCACAUCAGUUCAUAGUGAUCAUAUGAUUGAUUAUAUGGUAUAAUUUUCCCAGUCUAUAGCACAGGCCUACGGUAUUAAGAACUUGAUUUUUGAAUGUCACCAGAUGUAAAAUUCAGUGUUGUCAAAUGAAGACUUAUCUACAAAUUUAAGUACUGCAUGACAAUAUUCUUCAACAGACGAUUGGAUAACCCUUGUGAUUGCAAAAGAAUAAAAACAAAUCCAGCCAAUAUUUUUUAAGCAAACAUAUUUUCUAAUUUUCAUGUUAAAAAAAAAGAAAAGUAUUUCACAGUUCAGCCAGCAGUUUUUUGGUUUACCUUACAUUUUAGAAAAACAUUCUUUGAUAAAGGAUGGAUAAAAAUAAAAGAUUGAAACGUGGUUGUUUUUAAAAGUGACAGACCCUAAUUUUUAAACAUUACUGCAUAUUUAUCACUA